AUGGCGAGCACUAUAACCCAGAAAGGGUUGCUCAUCGUUUCAAUACUUUUCAUAGUUACCGGAUUCUGUUUAACAGUUGCAGGAGUGUUUUCGCCUGCUUGGCAAGUAGUAGAUAUCCGUGAGUUCCGUGCUGAACAUCAGCAUGGUUUAUGGUGGGAUUGUAUUCGAGCUGAGAAGCAUGUUGUUGCUGUAGGUGAUUUCUAUGAUGAGACACCACUUCACUGUAUGUACAAAUUUGAUAAUUCUGCUGAAUUAGUUAUUCAAAACACUUUGAACAAUAUCGAUGAAGAUGGAGCUGCUGGAGAAUCAGAGCAUCAUAGAUUCUGGGCUUGGCACAAAGUAGUACUGUUCUUCAUCAUCUCUUCUCAGCUUUUGGCUUUCCUUUCUAUCUGUACCGGAGUAUGUGCUCCAUGUUUCCCACCAACUGCCUUCGUAUUCACCGGAUCACUUUUCUUAGCUUUAAUGUGUUCUAUUAUUGCUGAUGGAGUGUUCUUCCUUUCUGCUAAUCGUGUCGAUAAUCGUUUCGUAACUGGAAUGGUCGGAACAUAUGAACAACAUAUUGGAUAUGCAUUCUAUUUACAUAUGAUGGGAACCCUAGCUUGGGCGGUAGCAUUUGUAUGUUGCCUUGCUACAACAUACAAGUUCAUUACCAAAGCAGAUGAUACACAGAGUAAUGAACUUGCCUACCGAAGUGCUCUGAGGGAGGAACCACUUCUGGAGAAAUAUCCAUCAACUACACAUUUCAAUCAAUUACCGUCAUCAUAUCGAGCAUCGCCACAAGCACAAUUCAGAACACAUCAGAUUCCAAAUUAUCGUGAAACCAGUGCUUGA